AUGGAGGAAGCUUAUGGGCAGUGGGCGAUGUUAAUGGACCCCACGAUGACUCUGAAUAAUGUCACCAUGCGCCAGGGCACUGUGGGCAUGCAGCCACAGCAGCAGCGCUGGAGCAUCCCAGCCGAUGGCAGGCAUCUGAUGGUCCAGAAAGAGCCCCACCCAUACAACCAUCGCAACCACCACUCUGCCAACCCUGAGGACCACUGCCGGCGGAGCUGGUCCUCUGACUCUACAGACUCUGUCAUCUCCUCUGAGUCAGGGAACACCUACUACCGCGUGGUGCUCAUAGGGGAGCAGGGGGUAGGCAAGUCCACCCUGGCCAACAUCUUUGCAGGCGUGCACGACAGCCUGGACAGCGACUGCGAGGUGCUGGGAGAAGAUACAUAUGAGCGCACCCUGAUUGUUGACGGGGAAAGUGCCACAAUUAUACUGCUGGACAUGUGGGAAAAUAAGGGAGAGAAUGAAUGGCUCCAAGACCACUGCAUGCAAGUUGGGGAUGCCUACCUGAUUGUCUACUCCAUCACAGAUCGAGCGAGCUUUGAGAAGGCAUCUGAGUUGCGAAUACAGCUCCGCAGGGCCCGGCAGACAGAGGACAUUCCUAUCAUUUUAGUUGGCAACAAAAGUGACCUAGUUCGGUGCCGGGAGGUGUCUGUAUCAGAAGGGAGAGCAUGUGCUGUGGUGUUCGACUGCAAGUUCAUUGAGACCUCAGCAGCUGUCCAGCACAACGUGAAGGAGCUGUUCGAGGGCAUUGUGCGGCAGGUCCGCCUACGUAGGGACAGCAAGGAGAAAAAUGAGCGGCGGCUGGCGUACCAGAAACGGAGAGAGAGCAUCCCCAGGAAAGCUCGGCGCUUCUGGGGCAAGAUCGUGGCCAAAAACAACAAGAACAUGGCCUUCAAGCUCAAGUCCAAAUCUUGCCACGACCUCUCUGUGCUCUAGACACCAAGCAUCACCCAGAUGUCCUCCUGAUGGACAUCGUCAAAGGCCACUGGGACCAAUAAUCUAUAUUAGAUUGAAUACUUGAGUAUUGUUAGAUGUGGCUUCCCUCAAUGCAGCUGGGAAUGAAUAUGUUAGCCUCAUGGGCAACAAAAUGCAUGGGAAAUGAAAGAUCUUUGUAAACAAUUAGUAUUUAUUUAUCGAAAAAGGCUGACUUUGCUAAGUGGACACUUAAUGCUCAUUAUGGGACAUGUUUGGUGUUCACAUGUUUUUUUGUUUUUUUGCUCCUUUGGAUAGUAGAGAAUCAAAGCUUACAAAAGAAUGCCUAGAACAAGAGCUUUUCAUCACUAAAAUUUUGCCCAGUGUUCUUGCCAUUGGGUGAUAAACGAACAUGGGAACACUGAAAGGAUUUAUUCAAAGGAGGAGAACUGUCCAUGUACCUUAUCUCCAUGGAGCUAGAAUUGUAAGAACUGGGCUCAUCAUGGUCAUGACUAUCAAUGCUCCAUCAAACUGUGAAAAGAAAUGAUGGAUCUUGCUGGAAACUAAAGCUUAAGCUAACAAUUUUUGUGUAAUGCUUACAGAGAUUUGUGGUAUUGGGAACUAAUGUGUGUACCAUUUAUAGGUUCAAAACAUGUAUCUUAUGUGUCUUACAAUUUUUUAUUUAAGGGAAGGUUAUUUUCAACAAAUUCUACUUAGUAAAAUCACCUUUUGUGUUUCAUUGUUUUUGAAAUCAUGGAGCUAACAUAAAAAUAUUUUUAAAAUCUGAAUUAUUGAUAACCUGGAGUAUAAAAUGCCAAAUUUUUAAAUAGAAUCAAAGGCUAAAUUUUUAUAAAAUAUAUAAAAACUUCCAGUAUUUUGAGUUAGCCCUUGUAUGCUACAGCUCUGCUCUAUUUAUUAUUAUUUUGCAAAAUAACCAUUUUAACAUUUGAUAAAGCAUAUUUAUGAACAUAUUUCUUAAUAAGAAAAAUGUCCAUUUUAUUACCAUUUUCUAUCUUUUUCAAAAUAUACAAGUUUUUACCUUAUAUGUCUUAUAAUAAAAGAAAUAAAAUCUUUGAAAA